AGUUUGGGUGAUGGCAAGCAGCAGAUGCUGAAGAUGCAUCGUGAUGCUAUGGAGUCCUACCAGAAAGAAGUUGAAGAUCUGAAAGCAGAUUUGAGCAGAACAGAACACCAGUUAAGGGCCAGGAACACAGAGGUUGAGCAGCUGAAGGCGAACCUGAGCCACCUGCGGCUGCGGUACACGGAGGACGUCCAGGGGAGAGAUGCUCACAUGCACGAGCUGCAGAGACAGGUCACCGACCUGCAGCACUACUGCAACAGUGCAGAGGAGAGGUACUUCUACUCCCUGGUGAUUGGUGUGAAGCUGAACAUGUCUGCACAAGGUUACAGGACAAUGCACAUAAACCAGCUCAAACCACAGACGCUGUACGAGAGAAUCCGGAGCACGGGCACGAGUGUGGAACACUGGCCGGGGUGGGUGGCUCGGGAGCUGGCCUCAAUCGCACAGCCUCUGACCAGGCAGUAGACACUGCAAGAUGUCUCUAACAACUUCUUGCUUUCAGGCCACAUAGAUUUAAUGAUGUGAGUGACACUCUUCCUCUGGACUGAUAUUUGAGGGUAAAACUUUAUCCUGUGUCACAAUGACAUGUGCUCAUUUCCAAUAAUCAUGAAAUUCAAUAUACAUGUAUUCCUCCAUUUGUGAGUAGUUUUAGGAAGGGGUCACAUUUGAUGAUGACUCAUAACAACUUCUCGAUUUCCAAAAACCUGUAACUACGAGAUAUACAUGAUGUUUCGGAGCACAUACCAAUCUUUUAAAAGGAGGAACAGGGUCUUUUUAGGAUGUAGGUGUCAUUCAUGAAAUCAUGUAUAUGUGGCUGUAUUUUAAUCAAGAAUGUGAACAUUGCAGGCCAGAUUCACAAAUACAUGUAACUCUUUUCAGAACAGAUUUACAAAUGUCAUCGUUGAAUAUAUUAUGUAUAUAUUUUGGGUCAUUGUCACAAAGGUAAUUGUUAAGCUCAUCAAAUGAUAAGCUCAUCACAUAUUUUAUAUUGAUUUCAAUUGAUGGAUGCAAUAUUUUCUCAAUGGAGUGUGUACAUAGCAAUGCGAUUGAUACAAUUGAUAAGCUUGUUAUGGACUGUAUGAUCCAAAAGGAUAAUAUCACUGCCUUACUAAGAAAUUUAUGAAAGGCGUAAAAUUAAUUAUUGUUAAAUUAACAGGUUCACAGCCUGGUAAAGACUUUCAUGGUGUGAAACUGUAAUUGUUUGACGCAAGCUGCCUGGCAACAACAAAAAAUAUUAUAUUGUUAAGGACAAUAAAAUAUGUCCUCACUCUUUGAAUGCAUGGAAUAAGAUGAAUCUAUUUAAAUGUGAGAAUGGGUACUAAGAACAGGAUCGACUAUUCGAAGCUUUGGCGAGAGAUAUCCACUUGUCAUUUUUUAAGAUUUACUUCUUCCAUGAAUAGAAAGAAACUGUGUAAGAACUAGUAUUCUAUGACGAGUGAAGGAAAUCCUAGUAAUAUUAGAUUCAGCUUAGAUCUUAUCAAAUGAUAGAUAUCUUACCGUAUAUCUAUCAUAAUUAUCUAUCCAAGAACACAAGAGAAAAUGGCUUAAAACUGUGGAUGUGACAUGUGUUUUUACAGAAAUGAAAGCGCAUGUUUCUUUUAUACAAUGUAUAUUGUAAUAAGUCUAUAGUGUUCUCUGUAGAAUAUUACCUCUGAGCCUUAAGAACAACUGGAUGGAAACUAAGAACAGAAAUUCUUUGUACGUGAACAGAUCUAAUUUUGAUUAAACCACUUUUUGGGAAAUAC